AUGACUACUGAAGGUGAAGCUACGAAUCCUCCUGCUACUGGUGGAGCCAACGCACCAGAAACUGAAGGCGCCAAGGAAACUGAAUCACCGGCCACUGCAGCACCUCCGGUAAAGCAAACUAAAUGCAUUCUGCUUACUGGGUUCGGUGGGCCCAAGUACCUUCGAGUCCAGUCAAAGGACCAGAGGACUGUUGGUAAAGGCGAAAUCGCUGUUGAGGUGGAAGCCUGCUCUGCUCCCCUCCUCAUGUUGCCCUCCAUGGGUACACAUGGGCGAAGGAGAAAAGAUGGUAUCCAAUCAGAGUUUAGUAUUCCUCGUGUCCUCUCCUCUUACCUGCUUAUUCUCAUGCCAGGUAUGCCCUUCCUUUCAUGA